AAUUUUUACAACAAGUAGAUAUGGAAGAAGUUAAAAUUUUAGAAACAUUAAGUAAAUUUAAAGCAGAAGCAAUAAAAGUAAAACAUAUACCUCAUUUGUCAAAUGCUCAAUUUUUAAAUUAUAGUAUUAAUAAGGAGG